GUCCAGAGGCGCAGUUUGAGUUUAUUUGGGUACUGUUACCACCUCAAACUAUACUACUAGGGCCCUAGAAAUACCCUGAAACCCCAACUGAAGAAAGGGAGUGCAAGAGAAUGGCAAAGUCACUGAGAUCAAAGAGGGAGAAGAGGCUGAGGGCUAUUCGGAGGGAGAUUGUUGAACCCUUCUAUGACAAGAAAGAAGCUGCUAAGCUGGCCGCCCUAGAAGCUGCCCUUGCUGCACCUAAGCUGCAAGUUCCUCAUCAAUCAAAUACAUCCAUGGAUGCCUCCAAUUCCACUAUCAACACCAACAUGGAUGUGGAGAUGGCUGAUGGCAGUCAAAGCAUGACUUCCUUAAAGGCUGUUGGUGGAAUAGGCAAAAAAUCCAAGAAGAAAUUGAAAAUUGCUAAAAGCAAACGCCGUGGUAAGGGAAAGCUCAGCAAAAAGCGUAACAUAUAACUUCAACGGAGAAGGUUGUGGUGAGCUAUUUAAGAGGUGCUGUGCUUUUUAUCCUUAUUCAUGAAGACUGUUCAAAUUUUGACAAAAAACAUGAAGACCUUUCAAAUCUCUGCAUUAUGAGCCUAGGACCUUUUACUAACUAGAGAUAGCUAUUUAGUUAGAACACAAUUUGAGUUUGGAGAAGUGGUUGAUGUUGAUGACUCAUUCUGAACAUCAAGGAUAGGGUAUUUAAUCUCUGCACCAAUCAUGUACUUGAAUGUGACUUUAAAGGUGUCUUUUGUUAAUUGAAGAUGUUUUGUCAAAAGAUAUUAGUAGCUUUGAGAAUAUCAAAAUGUAAUUUUGUUGAGAUCCUUAAUUGUUUUUAAAGUUCCAUACUUCCA